AUGAUGGCAGGUCAUUGCAUCCCACUUUACCAAGCUGUGAUGUAAAAUCAUAAAAACUCUUCCAGUGGCACAGGAACCAAUCAGCAGCGACCUGUGACAGUGACCAAUCAGCGCCUGUUUGACACAUUCGUCCUGAUUGACCUCAGUACCUCUUCCCACCCCUUUAAAUCAGGAAUUCUUUACAAUUUUGCCGACUGCAAACUGCAGAGCUGAACCAAGUUACCAACAGUUAACCACAGCUACACAGGAACUCAGAGAGAGGUGGAGAUCCUCAUGUUCCUCAGCGCCAUCGUCAUGAUGAAGAACAGACGAGCGAUCACGGUGGAGCAGCAUGUUGGCAACAUCAUCCUGUUCAGCAAAGUGGCCAAUGUGAUCCUGUUCUUCAGACUGGACAUCCGGAUGGGUCUGCUCUACCUGACUCUCUGCAUAGUGUUCCUGAUGACCUGUAAGCCUCCUCUUUACAUGGGACCAGAAUACAUCAAAUACUUCAGUGACAAAACCAUUGAUGACGAGCUGGACAGGGACAGUCGGGUGACGUGGAUCGUUGAGUUUUUCGCCAACUGGUCUCCGGAGUGCCAGUCCUUCGCUUCUGUUUACGCUGAUCUCUCCCUGAAAUAUAACUGUGCUGGUCUCAAGUUUGGCAAAGUGGACAUUGGACGUUAUGGAGAGGUUUCCAAGAAAUACAAGGUGUCUGCGUCUCCGCUGUCCAAACAGCUUCCCUCCUUGGUGUUGUUUCAGGGAGGGAAGGAGGUGAUGCGGCGCCCCCAGGUGGACAAGAAGGGAAGAGCUGUGUCCUGGACCUUCACCGAGGAGAACAUCAUCCGAGAGUUCAACCUGAACGAGCUCUACCAGAAGUCCAAGAAGCUCAACAGGACCAAAGGAGACAAGGUCAGCCAGUCCCAGUUCCCACCGGUCCCCGAGGAGGAGGAGCCCGAGCAGCAAGGAGCCGACGGCCAGUCGGAGCGGCCUGAAUCCAAAAAGGACAAGUAAGACAGUUUGCGUCGCUCAGCUUGGACUUCUGGACGGAACUCUGUCUCUUCUUCCUCCCCUCAGUGUUGAGUUUGUUCACUCUUGGCCCGUCGCGUGUUGUGAAUACCUGGACUUUGUUUUUUCUGCCCUGAGAAUUCAAACUCCCACAGCACCUCCUGCCUGCCUCCAGCAUCAACGGCAUUCACCGUCGGCACUGGCGCGGCUGCAGCGACCUCCGUCCUUUUCCCUUUUCUUAAAGAACAAAGACAACACGUGAACACUUCAGUGGAGAAGCAGACAGUGAACCGGCUUCUAAUGUUAAAACCCGGUCCAGAAUCUGAGCGUUAGGCCCGGAGAUGUGCUGUGUGGCCACGUCUAUGUAGCACACAUCUGAUGGUUCAAGCUGUGAAGUCUGACUGGCUGCUGCUGUAAGAGAGUCGGUGUCAGAGUUCUUACUAAUUAACAGUGAAUGUCAUGCUGUUUUUUUAUUUAGAUAUUUUAUGCAACUAAUUUAAUUCAGAGUAGAUUUUCUAAUCAUUCUAUGAUUAACUGUAUGUUCAUGUAAACUGAGAUGUAACACGGAGGCAGAGUUCAGUACGUUCAGGUUCCUGCUGGUUUUGUUUGGUGCAGUAUGGGAGCUGCAUGGUCGGGUGGAGUUACACUCGUUAACUAACAGUUGGACAGCCUCCCUAUUGGUCCCCGUGGACAUUAGUUUGUACUGUUGUGGACAGACCGAGCUCAGCUCUCCCGUCAUUCCAGCCUUUGUGACUCCACAUUCCCUCGGUCUGGAUUUCCAGGAUCCUCGUCUCCUUUGCUCGCUGCUGCUUCUGUUCACUUGUUGCCUACAUUCAUGCCGUGCUUCCCCCCCGACUCCGUAUGUCAGCAACAGGGUAACUAGUAUUUUCCGGCCAGGCUCCCAACAGUCUCAGGACCGCAGCAAAUAGAGAGCAAAUAGAGUAGUUUGAUUUAUUCAUAAACUCCCUUUCCGUUAUUAGUUAAAGGCGGUUUCCCCCGGUCCUUCUGGAGUUUGAGGUAUUUGAUUUAUUAGCACUGUUUUUUAAUAAGAUUUCUGAUCAGAAUAUUAACCCCCCCCCCCCCUUGUUGUAAUAACUGUGAAGCUGUUUAGAUUUGCUUUUAAAGACACUGAGCUCAUUCCUUAAUUACUAAAACUUUUUUUGUUAUGUAUUGUACUGUAUUUUGAAAAGGAUUUGUCCUUCUGUCACGUUGCAUUUCAUUUAAGUCUGGCCUGUUUUGUUGACCGUGUAAUAAAACGAUGUGCAUUUCAUUCCUCA